AUGAACGGUGAUAAAGAAUCAAGGUCGUUAGUUCCCAUCAAGGAGACAUUCCCAGAUGAGCCAUUAUUUGAAGUAAAUCAAUCUCAAGUUGUUCCUUUGUUUGCGGAUUUUGCUAAUUACUUGGUUAGUGGAUUGUUGCCUCCGGAUCUGACAAGCCAACAAAAGAAGAAGUUCUUGCAUGAUGUGAAGAACUACUUUCGGGAGGAGUCAUUCUUGUUCAAACAAUGCGCCGACCAAAUGAUUAGGAGAUUUGUUUCCGAUCAAGAGAUGAAGGAUAUCCUACAUCAUUGUCACUCUUCUCCUUGUGGAGAUUUUAUGGACCCUUUCCCUCCAUCUUAUGGAAACUUGUACAUCCUGGUAGCUGUGGAUUACAUUUCAAAAUGGGUGAAAGCAAUUGCCUCUCCCACUAAUGAUGCUAAAGUUUUCAUGAAGUUCUUACAGAAGAAUGUUUUCACUCGUUUUCUCACUCCAAGGGCAAUCAUUAGUGAUGAGGGAACCCCUACUGCUUACCAUCCCCAAACUAAUGGGCAAGCUGAGUUGUCCAAUAGAGAGAUAAAAGGUGUCCUUGAGAAAGUGGUGAGUCCCAACCGCAAGGAUUGUUCCAAAAGGUUAGAUGAUGCAUUGUGGGCCUAUAGAAUAGCUUUCAAGACACCAUUGGGGAUGUCACCAUAUUGUUUGGUGUUCGGUAAAGCUUGCCAUUUACCGGUGGAACUUGAGCACCAUGCUUAUUUGGCUAUUCAAACACUCAACAUGGAUUUGCAACUUGCAGGAGCAAAGAGAAUGUUGCAGUUAAAUGAAUUAGAAGAGAUGCGCUUAUUCUCUUAUGAAAAUGCCAAACUUUAUACGAAUGAAAAGGCAGGCUCAAGUCAAGAUGGUCGGGCCCAUUCCUUGUGGUUAAGGUGUAUCCUUAUAGAGCGGUGGAAUUGCGUAAAGAAGGCUCUUGAAGAAAAUUCAAGGUUAAUGGACAAAGGAUCAAGCAUUAUUGGGGAGGAAAAAAUGGAAUUAAAAAGGGGUUUGUUGCAGCAAAGUUCUAUGAUGUUAAAAAAUCAAAUUGGGAUUGCUCUCUGA